CGCGAGUCCUCUGGGGACAAAGGGCCCUCCUCGGCGCAGCAGCCUCUCUGUGAACGUGGGCACAAGCAAGAUCCUCCCUGCAGUGCCCGCGCUCUGUGCAGGAACUGAUGGGGGACCGCGACCUGCCGUUGUCAGAAGCCUGGGGUUCUAGAAGCGCUUGCGACCGGUGCAAGAAGUUUCACAUGCUAGGCAAGUGCCCUACUACUGAGCCACAUCUUAGCUCAUGAUUCCCUGUUCUUUUGCUGCCAGAGACGAAAUCACGUUAGUUCAAGAUCUCCCCUGUGCCCUUUCUGGAGUCAUUUCCAGGUACUUAUCAAACUAUGGAACAGGCAUUCCUGAAUCCAGGUGGUUUUGUCCAGAUGGAAGCACCCACUAAAAUAUAAGCUCUUUGAGGAUGGAGAGUUUAGUCCACUUGUUUCCUGCUGCAUCUUCAAAUACAUACAGCAAUGCCAGGCACUUAGAAGAUGCUCAAGAACUAGCGUUCUUUGCCCACAAGGUGGAGCAUGAAAGCAAGACCCAGAAUGGCAGGAGCUUCCAGAGGACUGGUACCCUUGCCUUUGAGCGCGUCUACACUGCCAACCAGAACUGUGUAGACGCAUACCCUACAUUCCUUGCGGUGCUUUGGACUGCGGGGCUUCUUUGCAGCCAAGUUCCUGCUGCCUUUGCUGGACUGAUGUACUUGUUUGUGAGGCAAAAAUAUUUCGUGGGUUAUCUGGGAGAGAGAACUCAGAGCACCCCUGGCUACAUAUUUGGAAAGCGCAUCAUCCUGUUCCUGUUCCUCAUGUCCCUUGCUGGUAUAUUCAACUAUUACCUCAUCUUCUUUUUCGGAAGUGACUUUGAAAACUACAUAAAGACCAUAACCACCACUAUCUCCCCUCUACUUCUCAUUCCUUAACUCUCUGCUGAAUUCAGGGCUGGCACUCUCAGCUAAUCAAUACCUAGAAGUCAUCAUAACUCAACACUUUACAGGAUUUAACUCCUCUUUAGAUAGCUGUAAAUCUGAUGACCAUCUGGGCUUCACAGCUUGAGUUAGCCUUGCUUUUCCAGAAAGAAAAGAAAAUUUCAUAUCAGCUCUGCCCCUCAAAAAUGGCAGUGACCCCAGAUUUGUUAUUCAGAUCCAUUCUGUAUAUUUCAUGAUGUACCAUUCUGUCUGAAGAUAUUUUGUGACCAGAUAUACGUUUUCCUAAAAUAAAAUUCACAAACAAG